AUGCCUAAUAUCCGAGCGCUGGCAAUGGACUCUCUUAAAGGUAGUCCUCCUCGUUACUCAUCCGAUUCUGAAGCAAACGAGGAAGACGGACAGUUCUUGCGCCAUGUUCCAGGAAUUCAGGAAGGGCCAAAGUCUCGUCAAGCUCGAAUGGCAUUAUCGCGGACCUGGUGGAUAGCGACUGCGCUGAACCUGUUGCUAUUCCUCGUCUCCGUGUAUAUACUGUUUGACUCGCACCACCUGCUGCAAGAUCUUCGACAGAACAAGAACAAUGUUUUAGUCAAAGAAGUGGAUUUCUUUUCCCCCUUCCUCGACCAAGUCAACAUUCCUCUCCGCGAUAUCAAAAUCAAUGGCAGCCUUCUAGAUAUGGACACCUCCAUCUUCCGAGCACCGCCCUCGCCCGAAGUAGACCGCGCCUGGAGUCGCAUCAGCAGCCUCGCACCCCAUGUCAUGAGUGGAGACGACGUUUUGCGGUUGGGCAAGGACCCCACCAAGACCGCUCGCUUCACCGAGGACUUUGGAUUUGGUGAAGAUGCCCACAUUGCUGAGUUGGAUGUCCUACACACGAUUCACUGCUUGAACGCCAUCCGCCGCGAUGUCCACUGGCGCCACUACUACCUCGACACGUACCCAACUGGCGAGUUUCCAGAGCUGCACCGCAUCCACACAGACCACUGCCUCUAUGUCGUACUACAAAACCUCAUGUGUGCGGCUACGUUAGAUGUGGUGACUCAGCCCUGGGUUCACGGCCAACUGCACCCAUUCCCGGACUUUAGCAUCAACAAGAAAUGCCGCGAUUUUGGGUCAAUCUUGGACUGGCAUGAGAAGACGAUGGUGAGUGAUCUGGAUGCAUAUGCAGAGCUGCGUAUGCCCGAGGGUCAUGUUCCAUAUGAGAUGUCGGAGGAGUUUUAUCGGGCAUUUGGGGUUGAGGGUGGGGAAGAGGAGCAUCACCAUUGA